AUGUCGGAUACGAAAGAGUUCAAGUCUGCGCUCGCGCUAUUGACGACCCUUCCUCCAUGCAAAGCUGUUCAGAUCCAGCACGACACCCCAAGCAGCGGCUGGCUCCUAUGCGACUACCAAUCCAGUCGACGGGAGGUCCGUGACAAGACCAUGGCUGUCUUGGGCGACGUGUUGCGCGAGAACCUGGAGCAUGGUCUUGUCGGCUUUAUGCUUUCUUCGCACACGCAAUGGUACGACGAGUACCGCCUAUGCUGCUUCGAAGAACAAGAGAAGGAGACAGAGAAGGAGGAAGAAGAAGAAAGUCCACGUGCAGAGGGAGAGGAAGAUGGCCGGCCAGCACAUGUUGAGGAGGACGAUCGACGCAUGGCGAUGGGGGAAGAAUACCGACGCACAGAGAAUGAGGAAGAUGGCCGACGGACAGAGAAUGAGGAAGAAGACCGACGCGCAGAGUUAGAGGAAGAAGAUGCAUACGCAGGCCAGUCCCGAGACAUGGUUCGUGAUGAGUAUCGCUCACGUGGGCUUCCUCGGCCCAUCCCCAAGAAGAAGGUGGACAUUGUGGCGGCUCUGCAGAAGGACGAUUUGAGGAGGUUGGAGUAG